AUGGAAAUUAUAUUUGAUCCUGUUGACGAUUCUGGAAGCAUUGAUGUUUCUGACAUUGAUGCUGAGAAGGAGGUGUUGAGGAGUCGGAUUACUGAACUUGAGAGGGAGCUUGAAAGGGUUCGGGCCGAAGCGAAGGCAGCCGUGGAACACGGUGGGUCGAAUAUGCCUCUGCAAGAGGCUGUGUCUGCAUUGGGGGCCAAAGGCCCACCCGGGUGGAUAUGGGUCGGUGUUAUCGAGGAGGAAGAUUUGUGGAGGGAGUAUCUCCUAAGGCCGGAAGAAGUUUCCGGUGCUGUGGAGGAGUUGUGGGAGUUUAUUUUUACUGAUAUGGGUUGUUAUGAUGAAAAGCUUCAAUUAGAAGCUUGUAAUCUUUACGAUAGGUAUUUUGGUGAGGAAGUUGAUGGUAUGAUGACGCAAAGUUCCAAGCCAGCAGCUGUUCCAUGUCACCUGCACAGGCAUCCUGAUUCGGACUAUCAACGCCGUCGCCAACAUAAUCAUGGGAAGAUGUGGAUUGGCCAGCAUCGCCAUUUGAUGAACCGCCAGCUGGUUAGAAUCAAACAGCUUCCACGGGCGUCUUUGUCCGAUUGUGAAAAGCUUGCCAGUAUCUCCCAUGACAAUGUUAUACGGCCAGAAUCUUUCUAUUACGAGCCUGAAAAUGACAAGUUCUUCAUCGUUUUCGAGUACCUGCAUCUCGAUCUGUUCGACCUUUUCCCCCUAUAUCCGGAAGAGGUAACCUGUAUAAUCAAACAGAUUGUUGCAGGCCUUUGCCAUCUCAAGAACCUCGAAAUCGUAUUUGGCAUCGAUAAUAUCCAAGUCAACGAAUACGGGUUGAUUAAGAUAGUGCUCGAUUGGAAUUGGGAGUUUUGUGCCGAUGGCAUUCUCUGCGAUGCGAACGAAGGCUACCUAGUUGUCUAUCUUGAAGGAGUCAUGACUACAAUGGCCCAAAGCUGUUUAGAUCUACCUGCAGAGGCUUUUAGUUUCCUUGCAGAUGGAGUAUUGCCUGAUCUUGAUAAUUCUUACAUUCGUGACGCUCCCGGGCCCCACGUGUUGAAGAGAGCCAUACAGUUCGCUAUCCGUGAACGAUUGCUUAUGAGCGACAGGCGUUGGCCAUCUUAG